UAAUAUCACUACCGCUCAAGGGAGGACACUCUUGGCAUUUACCGGCAGAAUGGCGGACAGCGCGAAUUCAUUUUUGUACCGGGAAAUUUACGUGCCAAACUCGACUGGAUCUAAAUGGAAAGAAAUCUCUCUGAACACAGGAGCCUCAGCCAGCACCUUGCAGGAUAUCAAAGUUGCUGAAAGUUGUGGUGGAUUUACAUACAGAGAUAGUGGACUGCCUCUCUCAGUUGUCCGUAACAGAUUUAUUCACUGGAAAGCAUGUAAUGAUGUACUUGAACUUGAAGAGGAGAGUCUUGACCUUGAUCUCUAUGGAUCAAAGGUCAAGUUCCACUUCCAGGACACAGCAAUACUUGGUGGUGUAUCAAUACACGAGGCCCAGGGCUAUGUGGUUGUUCUAGUACCUACAGUAGCUAGUGUACACAGGCUUAUCUUUCCACAUCCAAACAAGCUUCAUAAAGCUGAUCUCGGAUAUGUUCCUACAGAUCAUCCACUGCCCUCAAUAUUUUAUGAUGCUUCGAUAGCAAAAUGUAUGGAUGCAAGAAACUCUCACAUGUUAAAUGCUGGUGGAACGAUAACCUCCCAUUUUACGGCAGCUGCGUCAUUUUACACUCAAGAAGGAGAAGCAUUGUUUGCUCUCGCCAACAGUUCAGGAAAUAUUAUUCUUGUAAAGAUGCCACCACUUGAUAUACAAGGUAUUGUACAGCAGUUUGAGCUGUGCCAGACGUCAGUGAUGCAGAAACUAUGGACUGGGCUGGUUCCCUCUAUGAUGAGAAGUGGACAGGAGCCUGCGCAUACAGUAUGUAGUCUAGUGAUACAGGCUGUAAGGAACGAAGCAUGUAUAUUUGCUGUGUGCAAAGAUCACCGCCUCAGAGUCUGGUCAUGCAAGACACAUGAAUGUAUGGUUGUUACAAAUUUACUGGAUUUCUCGCCUGAUGGUGUACAUGUCCAGUCUAUGUCUCUGGCAGGUUCUGGGCAUAUCAUACGAAAGCUUGUUAGUACAAACAUGGCUGAUGUGAAACUCGGAGUUCACCUUAACUUCACAAAUUCCAACCAGUUUUGUAUCCUGCAGCCACAAAUUGCCUCGAGUAGGUUACAGAUUAGCCACCUUGCAAGUGUAUUUGGACCUCAGGAAGAUUUGAUUGACUUCUGUAUGAGGAGUACAACACUAGUGUCGCUGUGGACGAGUUCAGAGGGGACACCUGUAAUCAGGACUCUGACGUUUGGAGAUGAAGGUCCUGGCGGAUGGAUGGAGGUGUUGUUACAGCCAGCUGAGGUUGCAGAUUUAAACAUACCACCCCACAGAGACCCGAGGGAGGUGUACCUUGAGAGGUUGUUCCAACCAGGCAGGUUCAGUAAACAGGACAUCAGAAGGGCUCUCAGUUUGCAGGUAUACAGUCAGGCACUGGACCAGUCUGUUACAGGGGAAAUGGCACUGAAUGUUAACACAUUGAAACAAGAUGUCACUAUUGCUGUGGAGACAGAGAUCCGUAGUGCAGCGGUUGACUAUGAGAUGGAAGAGGAUGAUUAUUAUCAGCUACAGUUGGAACAGUGGUCCAAAUUUUAUUCCUGCUGUAUACAGUACCAUGAGGUUGGUGGUAAACUGAAAGGAUUAUUUGCUGACGGUGUUACUGGACUAGUUGGGCUUGUGAGAAAGGGAUGUGUAACGUACCUACGACCGUGUGAUCAGGUGGAAGAGCUGUACUGUUCUAGUGAAGACGCAGAAUCCUCGGAACUUCUGGCUGAAAUCGGCAAAACUGAUGACAACCAGACAAAGAGGGAUUUAAGCCUUCUGUUUGAAACCAUACGCUCAAUAAGUCUAGAGAUUUCUGAAGAUCUUGGGAUGCAGUUUGAACAGGAACUAUCGACCAAUCAGAAUCUUGAAAUGGUUGCUGGGCAACUAGUUGAUCAUGUGAUCUUAAAUCAUGAUUUGGAGAGUGCUUUAGCAGAAGGUGCAUCAGUUCCAAAUAAUUUGAGACUGAUCCAUGAUUUCACAGCUGCUGUAAACAUGAUAUUGAAAUUCUUGGAUCUCACACCAAGUAUGGAAGAUGAGCAGGAAAUGGAGGGAAUAGAUGUGAAUAUGGCACGGCACAUGAACUUGAAUAAGUUAUUUACAAGCAAGGUUGGAUGUGACAUUCUGACACUCUGUGUGGAGCAGUUCUCCAUGACAAGAUUUCAGCUGUUACGAGAUCUCUACCUCCUUCAACUGGCAGCUUUGAGACUUGGAAAUCAGGUUGGUUUAGAUAAUAGAUCUGUUGGAGCAAUACAGAAUGACCUACUGCCGUACACUGCAAACUUGUUGCGAUCUUACCUUGUGGUAAAAUGGGCAUCGCAGACCCUAGCUGUAUCAACUCAGGCAAAUUCUUUGGAAUCAAACAUUAGGCAGCUUUCAUCAUUAGACAUCUCAGAGUCAAUGCUCAGUGGACAGAAUGUGGGACCAGUUCUUAUACAGAAGAUCGAUCACUGUGGCGCCAGUCUGAUGGAGCUGUUUAUUCAGGGACCUGGCGGGGAAAAGAUAAGAACAGAUCUAUCGGUGACAACAUUUCUCGACGAUGAUCCGGGUGCUACAUGGUCCUCGGGACUACUGAAAAUUGUCAAGUCUCUAGCGUCAUUAAUCUGGCCACUGAGUGAACAGUUUGUGUUUCCGGAAUUUUUGGCAAGCCACUGUCAAUAUCUACCUCUACAGGACUACAAUAACUUGCUGCAACAUUGGUGUGAGUUUAACCCAGCCUCAAGGUGCUUCAUGCAGGGACUUUGUUAUCUACACUUUGAUGAGCCAGUUAAAGCAGCCCAUUGUUUCAAUACAGCUAGGGAGGGCGUGGCAAACGAAAGUUUUCUACGAGAUAGACUGUUACAAUCUCAGGAAACACAAGUGAGAAAACUGGAGGUCUUGUUUUACCUCAAGGUCAUUCGUCAAUUUGAAGAGUUUUCUGCCCCUGAUGUGGUGAUCUCCCUUGCAAGGACAGCAAUAGCAGUAGCUGAUGAAGAUGACCAGAACUUACCUACCUUGUGGUCAAAGGUGUUCAAAUACCAGCUAGAACUUGGCCACAACACUGAAGCAUACAAUUCAAUGAUAGAGAAUCCAGACCCGAGUAGACGCAAGGACUGUCUACGUCAGUUGUUGAUCAGCCUCUGUGACCGCGGAGAUCUUCAGUCACUUGUAGAUUUCCCAUACACAGACCUUGAAGAAGAGGUAGAAAACAUUCUGGAGAGCCGUGCCCGUUGUAUGGAUCUCACUACACAUAACUACUAUGAUCUGCUCUACGCCUUUCAUAUCUUCAGGAACAACUACAGAAAAGCUGGAAGUGUGAUGUAUGAGCAUGGUAUGAGACUGGGGCGUGAGGUACCGGGAAAAUCUGGGCUCCAGAGGCAGGCGCAGUGCUACCUUGCUGCCCUAAAUGCACUAAGACUUGUUGGACCACAGUACUCUUGGAUUAUCAAACCUAUGCUGGCAACUAGACCAAAUCUCGCUGCAGGAGAUUAUAUGAGGUCACCUAAACAUGAUCUUGAAGGAGAAGAACUGAUUAACACAGCAUCAAACUUUGAGAUCCUGGAAUUACACGACAUAGAGAAGGAAUUCAUGUUGGUUGAUGCACGUUUACGUCUCCUUGCUAAAGAAAGUGAUCCUACACUUUCAGCAGGCAGUACACCAGGGGCAGAUGAGAUGGUUGGAUUGCUGGUCAAAGCAGGGAUGUACGACAGGGCUGUAAUUGUCUCAAGAGCUUUUGACUUGCCACUCAACCCUGUAUUUGAAAGUUUAACCCUCAGAUGCAUCAACUUGACAAAGAACAGCUCCUACUAUAUGAGAGGGGACAAUGAUUACACUUCUCAAGCCUGGGAAUGGCUGAAGACAAAUAAUCUCACACUAACUCACAUUGCCAAGGAAAACAGUUCAGCAGACGAGGCAUGGCGACUGUUACAGCAGUAUUUAGACAGGUAUGAGGACCGAACGGCACAGUACCACCGCUGUACGGCAGGAAAGUUACUAGCACAUGGCUUCUCUCUACCUGCAUGGUUCAUCAACUCUUACAAGGGUCUAAAUUCAGCAGAGCUGUUACGUUUAUAUAUAGAGUAUGAUCUACUAGAGGAAGCUGUCAGUCUGUGUGUAGAGUAUAUAGAUGCUGUCGUAGAUACCUUCAGUGGUCAUGACAGUAAAUUGUUUCAAAUAAAGGGUUGUUUACAAUAUCAAGCACAGACUGUAUGGUUACCUUACACCAGUAUAGAUCUCUUGAGAAAAGCUUUACAGGAACAUAGACAGGAUAUACAUCUAGGAGGGUUACAUCAAACAUUAGAGGAUAAACUACGUUUAUAUAUGCGAAGACUGAAAGAGUCCUCAGACCAGGUGUGUCAACCGACCGGGCAGCCAUUUUAUGUCACAUGAUCAAACAAUUGAGUGUAGCAGAUUUUUGUGUUACAUUAAAAUGACAUUUUUCAAUGAAAUUUUCAGGGACAAAAAAUGAGAAAAUCAAAGUCUAACAGAAUUUUUUAAGUGUUGUAGAAAACUGGUACUACAUUAUGUAAUCUGUUGUCAUUGUUACCAGAAGAGUCAUGGUCAGUUUGAGGAAAGUAGAUUAUGACUUAAAAUACCAGUUCAGACCAAAAUGAAUUUAAAAUGUGAUGGAAUUCAGGAGCUUUGUCAUUUUCGUUUUGAUUACUGGUUUCCCUGCUCUGAUAAAAACUAGGCGAGAGUUUAGCCUGUAAUAAAAAAAAGAAAAAAAGACUUCUUUGUAUAGUAAAAAUGCAAAAUGCAUGCAAGAUUUACUGUUUGUUACAUUGAUGUACUUUGAAGAAUACUACACCACAUUUAGUUCUUACCCUGUAACAGUAAUUUGAUGAGAAGCAUUUCUAAUAAAAAAUUAAACAGCUAACCAAAUGUAAAUUCAUAGUAAAAAAUUUCAGAAGAAAAAGAAAUGCAGUCAAUAACUACUUGGUCAGUCUAUCUGUCUUUGCCAAAAAUUCUUUAAAUUUUUAUCCAACUUGGGAAUUUCCAUCCAUAUGUAACAUAAUUUCAAGGGAGAGAAAUCUUUACAUCAUUGUUUGGUGGCAUGAUCUUUGUAUACUGUCUCAAAAUAUAUGCAAAUAUAGAUAGAUCUGCAUACAAAGCUAAACACAGAUUUUCUUUGUAAAAGUGAAAUUAUGUUAAAAAAAUUUGAAAGAAAAAUCUGAUGUUAUUAAAGUUACCUGUAGUAUGAUCAUGUAAACAUCAAAAUUAUUUUUAAAUGAUCCAAGAUGACAUACCUAUGCAAGUUUCAGAAGGCUUAAAACCGAGGUGAUACAUCCUUAUGAUUAAGAUCAACUGUGUUCUUUUGCCCCAACCUCCUCAAAACCCAACUUAUUUUGGGAUGAGGGAGCCAGUUAGGUUUGCUUGUCUAUCUGAAUUUGUGUUAUGUAUAUCUAGAAAGCUAUAUUUUACCAGCAGUCAUUGAAGGUUAUAUGAUCUUGUUAAUCAGCAUGUGAAGUUGUGCAACUGGGACCUCUAUAUAAAUAAUGGAAGUUAUUGCCCUUAAAUCAAAAACUUGUAUAAAGAACUCAAAAGUUUGUGUUGCAUGUAUCUCAAAAAGUAUUUUACUUCAUAAAACCUUAUAGGAACUCUUUUUUUCAGCAUAUGAAGUUUUGCAACAGAGGUUUUGUUUGGGUUUCUCUUGGCUUGACCAGAGUUAUGGUCCUUGACUUAGUAAAAAAAGAUGCAUAAAGUGCCUAAAAGUUUGUGUCACAGGUAUCUCAAAAAGUAUUUGACCUAGAAUCAUGAAACUAUUGGAAAAGUUGUGAAGUUGUGCAAUAGGUUUACUUGGGAUAUACCCCUCCUUGCUGCCCAUCUGCCAUCAGUUUACUAAUACAUGAGCCGCGCCGUGAGAAAACCAACAUAGUGGCUUUGCGACCAGCAUGGAUCCAGACCAGCCUGUGCUUCCACGCAGUCUGGUCAGGAUCCAUGCUGUUCGCUUUCAAAGCCUGUUGUAAUUAGAGAAACUGUUUGCGAACAGCAUGGAUCCUGACCCGACUGUGCAGAUCCGCAGGCUGGUCUGGAUCCAUGCUGGUCGCAAGCGCACUAUGUUGGUUUUCUCAUGGCACGGCUCAUAUAACAUAAGACAGUACAAUCAUGUAGAGUGACAGUAAUUGGUGGCACCAGUGCAUGGGUCACUUUAAUUUGGUUUCAUAACUUAUUCGUGUUGGUAGAGAAAUGAAAAUUUAAAAAAAAUACGAAAAUUUUCUACAUAGACAAACAAUUGGCUUCAUUGAUUUUAUUCUAAAUAGCUAUUUCAAAGGUAUGGUGGACAGAUUAUCAAAAUUCAGAGACUUUUGCAAUACAUGUAUUUAGGGGAAUAUGGCCUGUAGUUCAGAAUAGCACCCAAUUAUCUUAUUUCCUGUCUCCAGUGUUAUAAAAUCUGAGUUUUGUUUUUUGUAACCAGUCUCUGAAUGCAGCCUUGUCAUUGGUCAAUUUCAAAUUCGUGUUCAGCAACAACCAAUCAAAUGCUGGAGUUUCAAGACUGGUCUCCAAAUUCAGUUUUAUAUCCUCAGACAUACCAGUCAUUUAGAAGAGUAAUUCAUGCUGUGUAUAUAUUUUUGAAGAAAAUAGAAGUCUUGUUACAUUAUUUUGUUUUUGUACUGUUAUACACAACACCAUUGCAGCAACCUGAAUAAAAACAGAUAUUUUUCAA